AUGGCCAAUACUGAAGAUACUUGUAUACAAUUGGAUAAUACUACUAAUGUUGAUUCUUCACCAUCUAUUCAACAAAGAGAAUCGAUGAACACAGUUUCAUUACCUUCUACAACAAAAAUGUCAAUGGAUUCAGAUGUUUUCAAUGACGAAGAAAGUCAUCAUAUAGCUUACAACAGACCCAAAAGUGUUGGAAGUAUAUCGUUAUCUGUACUUAGUCGUCGACUAACCAAGAGAAAAAAGUUACAUAAACAACUUUCUUUCGUGGCUGAUGCUAUGUGUUUUCUUGGUAUUUUGGGAAUUAUUCUUAUGAUUAUUGAGAAUGAAUUAACAUUUUCCCAGAUCAGUAAUCAGGAGACCGUAGCGAGUUGGUCUAUCAAAAUAGUUAUUAGUCUUUCAACAAUUAUUCUCAUUGGAUUUAUCAUUCAAUAUCAUCAUUUAGAUAUCGUUCUCUAUGCUGUUAAUAAUUCAAUUGACGAUCGUCGUGUUGCAAUAACGUAUACGAGAAUAUUUUUGAUUAUAGUUGAAAUAUUAAUUUGUGCUAUACAUCCAAUGCCUCGCGCUUAUCCGAGUCAUUCAAAUACACCUUUAGAAACUAUAACUUCAGAUGAAUCCACAAUUUCUCCUUAUUCUUUGUCUUAUGCAUCUGUUGAUGUAGGCCUUGGUUUACCAAGUAAGUAUCAAUAUUGUUUUUCUUCAUCAAAUCUAAACCCAAGUAUUUUAAUAGUGUUUGCCCGUCUUUAUUUGGUGUGUCGUUUUAUUUUGUUUCAUUCUCAUCUAUUUCGUGAUACAUCUUCACGAUCAGUUGGUUAUCUUAAUAAAGUAGCAAUUGAUUACUUCUUUCUCAUUAAAACUUAUCUUGAACAAUGGCCAGUUUUUUGUUUAACAAUAUUUUGUAUAUUUGUCUUCCUUAUUGGAAGUUGGUCUUUACGUGCAUGUGCUUACUCAUCGGCCAAUGAACAUUUAACAAUGCAAAAUUCAAUGUGGUUAUUCAUUAUAACAUUUACUACUGUUGGUUAUGGAGAUUUCACACCUUCUACAUAUUGUGGACGAACUAUUGCGGCUAUAAUUGCUUUGAUUGGUGUCCUUUCAACUGCUCUUCUUAUCAGUGUUCUUACGCAAAAACUUCAAAUGAAUCGAUGGGAAAAAUAUGUACAUAAUUUUGUAUUGACUAUUGAAUUGUCAAAAAAACGUAAAAUACAAGCAGCAAAUGUGAUUAAAUUUGCAUUUAAAGUUUGGGGUAUGAAAAAGAAAGGCAUACCAGCAUCAUCUAUUCGGUAUAUUCAAGCACAACGAGACCUAUUUCACUCAAUACAUUCACUUCACGUAGUCAAAGAACAACAAGGCCACCUAGCCGACUGUUGUACUGAUCAAAUUGAUCUACUCGCCAAUCAACGUAAUGCAAGUACUCAAAUAUCUGAACUUUCAGAAGAAUUGAAGAUAAUGAAACUUAACAUGAAUAAAAUGCAAAAUAAACUUGUUGAGAUGAACUCAAAUAUGAACAAUACAAUAAUCGAUAUGCAAAAGACACUGUACAUGUUGUUGAAAAAAGUUUCAAAAUAA